AGGCCAAACUCUAAGAAUAACUAAAGCAUCAAUUCAAAGAUGGAGAAGUUUAUGUUAUGCACAUUAAUGUUGUUUGUCAUGACAGGGUUUGUUCAUGUAAACGGUAUUCUCCAUUUGGGUUCUGAAUGCUCACAAACUGGAAACACAACUGGUAAUACCAUCUACCAAGCAAACCUUAAAACCCUUUUAGAUUCUCUAGUCAACGACUCACCUCUUCAAGGAGGAUUCCUGAAUACCACCAUCGGAACUGGUUCAAAUCAAGUGUAUGGUCUUGCAUGGUGUCGAGCAGAUGUUUCUCCUAUCACAUGCUCCAAGUGUUUGAACGAAUCCAUUAGCGUACCUUUAAGAGAUUGUCCCGAAAGCAAAGACUUGGUGAUAUGGUCGAGUUUGUGCAGUUUAAGGUUCUCAAACGAGAGUUUCUUUGGUGAACUUUGGAACAGCUCUUCGUCAUCCAGCUAUGGUGGAAACACACUUGAUGAAGCUUCAGUGUUUUCAAGAGGAUUUGCGAUGAUGGAAGCAUUAGGAAGGAAUGUUUCUGAUCGACCAUUGAUGUUUGAUACUGAUGUUAUUGAUGCUGGGAAUGAUGGGAAGAGAUACGGGUUGGGUCAGUGUAGUAGAGAUUUGAGCAAGUUGGAUUGUGAAAAUUGUUUGGAGGAGCUUUUAGUGACUUAUCGAAGGUUUGUGAUGAAUCGAACUGGGUGGGAGAUGUUAGGAGUGAGUUGUGGUUUGUGGUAUGAUGAUGUUCAGUUCUCUGACGACGAUUCAGGGUUGACUCCAACACCAAUCGGCUCGGGAGUUGGAGAGAGGUUGUGCACAGGAGAUUAUGUGAUCUUGGCUUUUGUAGCAUUUCUUUUAUUCCAUUGGAUUGCAUGACUUCUACAAUUCUACUAUGCAUAAAAAUUAUGGUUUGGAUAGAAAUGCAAAUAGUUCUUUUUAGGGUUGUUAAUUUGCUAAAUGAAUGGUAUAUGUGAUAAUUCCUUACUGUUUUAUAAUCUUUAGUUUUAAAUAAAAAUGUAUUAGUUGUUUAAACAAAAAGUAUUUGAUAAUAAAUUGCAAUUCGCACUCUGUUUAUUGAAA